UCCUCAAAAAAUAGAGAUCACAACUCCCCAGCAAAGUCAUCCCCUCCCCUGCCGGUUCUCUACUAUAUAGCGGCCUUUCCAGUAACACCAUCCCUUGUGUCUCUUUUGCUCAGAUCAGCCAUGGACUGGUUCUCUUGGCUAUCCAAAACAGGCCUUGAUCCUUCACUUGUCUAUGACUAUGGCCUUGCUUUUGUCAACAAUGAGCUGGAAGAAGAAGACAUUCGCUACUUCGACCAUGAGUUCCUACAAAGCAUGGGGAUCUCCAUAGCCAAGCACAGACUAGAAAUCCUCAAGCUUGCAAGGAAAGAGAAAGGGUCAUCAUCAAGAUUCUCACCUCGGCCCAUCUCGAGGUUCCUUGUAGCGAUCAAGAGGACCAAGAGGUAUCUAACCAAGUACGUCCGGACCUGGGUUCAUCAGGAGAAAUCAGCACUUGUUGUGGUUCCAAGGCCUCCUUACAGCAGUAAUUGGAGAGGUGCAAUGUUGAAGAGAAAUAGGAAGCUGACCCCGGCCACGUCUAAUAGUAAGUCACCAAGGCUGCUUCUCACAAAUGGAAGUGCCUCAAUUGAUUAUCCAGUGGUCUAUGCAUUGAGCAAAGAGGACAAAGCGGACGUGGAUGAUGGGUAUUGGUCAAAUGGUGUUGAGGAGAUCAGGUGGGAUACAAUGUUCCAAGAUCUGAAACCAACAUGAAGGUCUUGCAGAUUUUGGUAAAUUCAAUGUUUCGACUCCUUUUCCCUCUUUUCAAGAUGGGAUAUUAAUGUUAAUAUAGUUGGUGAGAGAUGGGUUUUUGGUUCUUCCACCAAAAAGAAGUCUUGGUAAUUAAUAGUGUCCCUGCGUGUAUCAAAUUAGCUUGCUCACAUCCCUUGUACCUUCUCUCUCUCUCUCUCUCUCUCUUCCUUUACUUUUAUUUUUAGUAUCUUUCUUUAGUGCCGCGGGGGGCGAGGGAGUGCACAUAAUUCAUCAUUUAAGCUUCUGUAUCAGCUAUCAGAUUGUCUCCCCUGCUUUUUGUAUGUGAAUCAUAUCGUUAGCUAUGUACAAGACAGACCAGAGCAGUAGGUGAUUUGUCGUGUUUUCUUACUAUGAAAAGCUUAAAUUGCACUAUACUGCAACGUUUUGAAUUUCA